CUAUAAACACUUAAUAAAAACAUCUAACCAAGAGGUAAGUGUUUGGUUUUAAAUUCAUUUAGAAGAAAAUGUUUAAAAGGUUCUUCAAAAACAUUUUCUUAAAAAAACAAACAAACCCACCCUUAAUUGUUUGUGAAAGAGAAUUUGGAGGAACAAAACAAUCCGAAGAGAAAGUCGGGAGAAAUCAGAUUACCAAAGUCAUUGGCUUCUUCUUCUUCUUCUUACUCUUCCAUUUCUAAUCUCUGAUCUGAAACCACCAAUCGGAUUCCAUUUGCGAUUUCUAGAUUCGGAAACAUCAUGCGCCGGGAAGUUGUCUUGCCGUUGUUCCUCCUCUGUUUCUUCGCCACAGAUCUUCUUCGAACUGCUCAUUCAAUCUGGUUGAACUUGCCUCCAUCUGGAACCAAGUGCGUCUCCGAGGAAAUCCAGACCAACGUUGUCGUUCUUGCCGAUUAUGUCGUCGUCGCUGAUCAUUCUCACUCCCCCACCUUCUCUAUCAAGGUGACAUCUCCAUAUGGGAACAAUCUUCAUCACUCGGAGAAUGUAACACACGGCCAGUUCGCAUUUACGACCACUGAGGCUGGUAAUUAUCUAGUAUGUUUCUGGUUGUCUGACUACAAACAUGAAGCUGGCAAUGAGAUAAGUGUCAACCUUGAUUGGAGAACUGGUAUUGCAGCCAAGGAUUGGGAAUCAGUUGCAAAAAAAGAGAAGAUUGAGGGUGUUGAACUCGAGCUGAGGAAACUGGAGGGAGCAGUUGAAGCUAUUCAUGAAAAUCUACUCUAUCUCAAGGACAGAGAAGCAGAUAUGAGGACGGUGAGCGAGAGGACAAAUGCACGAGUUGCGUGGUAUAGCCUCAUGUCCUUGGGUGUGUGCAUUGUUGCUUCUACUUUACAAAUAUUGUACUUGAAGCGAUUCUUUCAGAAGAAAAAACUUAUUUAGAGAGUCUUCUACUCAUGUUUCAGAAAGAGAUUGUUAACUUAUUUAGUUUUAUUUCUUUAUACAAAGUAGAGAAGUUUUGACACGAACUGCAAGCCAUGCAGAGCUUGUUUAUAAUUUUUAUUCCAGAUUUUUGUGUUUUCUUUUUC